AUGCUGGAUUCCCUCGUCCAAGGACAAGCAGAGGUGAAAGAUCUCUUCGACAUGCUCAGACAAGAGCAGAAGGACCUCAAGGCUAGGAUGCAGCAGGACAUGGAGAAGAAGACGAAGAGGAAGGUCAAGAAAUCUCCUGCACUCUCCAAACUGCAAGAAGCAACGCAUCCCGCACAUACCCGCAGGUAUGGAAUCAAGUUGCGAUAUGCGGAUAGAGUCCCGAGCAACAUGCAAGAAUCAAGGAUGAAAGAUCACAAGGUGUGGAGCACGGGUAACAGCAGCCUAGAGGUUGACGACGAAUUCUUUGAAUGUCUGAUCGAGCGAGAGCAAAAGCUGCUUGAGGUGUGGCAGGAGCUCAGCAAUCGGAAGGCGGAGGUGGUCCAAGCCAACUCAGAGGACGGCAAUGAGUCUACGGAGAUGGCGAAGUUCGAGCAGAGGGUGAGCCGUCUCGAGCAGGAGAUGCAAGCUGCAAAGCUUGAGCUGCAUGAGACUGUCAGGGCCAACUGCCGCAGCCAGACGCUUGUCCAGCUGAUGGCGUCCAAAGUUGCGGUGCUUGAGAGCGAAGCUCCGAACAGAGGAAGCGUGGAAGAACUAGAGAGCCUGCUGCUGGAAACCGCGAGACGAGUUGAGCACAUGAGUCGCUGCAAAGCUGCACUAGACAGCGAGGCGAUGCAGCUGAGGAGGCAGCUCCAUGUCAACGAGUCCCUCGCACACCAGCUGCAGGAGGAACUCGAUGCUGCCGUCGAGCAGAACCAGCUUGCGAUCCUCGAGCUACAGCCCAAAGACUUCAGAGAACCGACGAGACCUUCCCCAGGACGAGCCGACGGAGUCGCACCAGCUGCUGACGUCAUCACGUUACAAGCUCAGCUGCAGUCCCUCCGAGACGAGCUACAGCGCCAGCGAAGACUCGCUAAGUCGCUAGAGGAGGAGAACGCGGAGCUGCGGAAGGAGAGCCCUGCAGCGUCACCGGAUGUGCUUCGAAUGAUGGAGGCGCGAGGGAGAGGGAGAGACGAUUAA